AUGGCGACGCCAAAUCCAAAAACAACGUUGUAUGUUGGAGGGUUGGAGGAGAAUGUGACCGAGUCAAUUCUCCACGCGGCUUUCAUCCCGUUCGGUGACAUCAAGGAUAUAAAUAUCCCGAUUGAUCAGACGACGCAGAAGCACCGCGGGUUCGGCUUCCUGACGUACAUGGAGAAGGAGGACGCGGCGGCAGCCAUGGACAACAUGCACAACGGCGAGCUGUACGGCCGCGUGCUCACCGUCAACAUCGCGCAGCCGCAGAAGAUCAAAGGCGGCGAGCAGGGCUGGGCCUCGCAACCAGUGUGGGCGGACGCAGACACAUGGUUUGAGCGCCAACAGCAAGAGGAGGAGAUUCAACGAUUAAGCAAGGAGCAGAAAGCUGCUGCUGCAGCUGCUGCCAAUGCUCCAAAGGGUGGCGCUGCUGCUGAUAGAAGCAUGGAAGAGGAAGAGGAGGGGGAUACUGGGCCUGGUGCAGCUGAUCCUAUGGCUGCUGCUGAAGCUGAGGCUAUGAACAAGACAUGA